CCAUUUUUGUAUGAUCCAUUUUUUUAAGAUGGACUUGACGUGAGUCAGACCCACCGAAAAUCAUGACUAGAGUAAUGACAAUGAUCCAUUGUUCCUCUUCACAACAGAAUGAUUUUCAAAACAUUACGUAAUUCAUUAAAUCGUCGGGGAAAUAGAAUUAUGUGUCGCGUCUCGCGAUAGUUACGAUCCAGUGAGGAAUUAGUCACUGAGUGAACAGCAUCUUCAGCUCUAUGUCAGGGCUAAUGAGUGCUCAAGGUCCUGGAAAAAAAUGUAUUAAUCCAUCGCGAUUAGAAUUUAAAUGAAAAUGUGAAAAAAAAAAUUGUGAAAGCCAUUGAGUCGCUUCCCUAUUGCUCAAGAAAGCAUAUCGAUAUUAAACUUUUACUGUCGUCGAGGUCACAGAGCUCUUGGUGCUCAUAUGAGAAUUAAAACAACAUUCAUUCGCUAUCAACGAACGUCGGAGUAAAGCUUGCUCAAUAUGUAUACCACUAAGAAAUCGAGAACAAUUAGAAUAUUCGUCGCGUUAGUUUGUCUUUUGACGAUUUCCCUCUGUCUUUAUCUCGUGAUAACGUUUGAAUUGGACGAUGCGAAGGACACGGAUAUCGAAAAACCUCACAUUAUUACUAUCAUCGCGGAUGAUAUGGGGUGGAAUGAUGUGAGUUAUCACGGCUCGAAUGAAAUUCCCACACCGAAUAUCGACGCCCUGGCCUACAACGGGGUAAUUCUCCGAAAUCAUUACGUCUUACCGAUCUGCACUCCCUCCAGGACAUCUUUCUUCACAGGUCGCUACGCCAUCAGGGCAGGUAUGCAGGGCUUUCCCUUGAGAGCAGGUGAGCCCCGGGGUAUUCCACUGGGAACAAAAUUACUGCCUGAAUACCUGAAGAAUCUUGGAUACUCGACACGACUCGUUGGUAAAUGGCAUCUGGGCUAUCAGAGUGACGAUUUUACACCAGCAAGAAGAGGAUUUGACACGUUCUUCGGAUAUUACGCUGGUUACAUCACAUACUACAAUCACACAAUUACCCAGAGCGGGCAAACUGGUCAUGAUUUUCACCGUGACGAUUCCAUGGGGUUGAAAGCAGAUUGGUCCAGGCAGAAUGAAUACGCAACAGAUGUUUUCGCGGAUGAAGCGGUUCGGAUAAUCGAGGAGCACGAUGGACGUCGUCCCCUGUACCUUCAGCUAUCCCAUCUUGCUCCACAUGCCAGUGACGGUGAUGAAACCCUGGAAACCCGCAAUUUCACUGCUGUCAAUGAAACAUUUCAUUACAUACGAGACAUCAAAAGGCGCAAAUACGCAGGAAUGGUGACUGCACUAGACGAUUCCGUCGGUCGCGUCAUGCGAGCUCUCAGCAAUAAUAAUUUAUUAAAAAAUUCAAUCGUCAUGCUCUUCGCUGAUAAUGGCGCCCCGACAUUGGGAAUCCACGAGAAUCGAGGAUCGAAUUAUCCCUUCCGUGGGCAAAAGCAGUCGUUCUACGAAGGUGGUGUGCACGGUGUUGCAUGCGUGUACUCACCACUCAUAAAAAAUCCAGGGAGAAUUGUUAACGACCUUGUACAUGUUACCGAUUGGCUGCCAACUCUGUACAAUGCAGCUGGUGGUGAUGUCAAUGACCUCGGUGUCAUUGACGGUAUCAAUCAGUGGCCUACAAUAAAACUAGGGCAAUUUGGUAAUCGGCAAUCAUUGCUCGUGAAUAUCGAUGAGACUAUCGAUCGAGAGGCAGCUAUCAUCGGUGAUUUUAAACUUCUCAAAAAAGGUGCAAUGAUACCGAUUUACGACAGUCAUCUGGGGAGUCAUAUCGAUGAUGGAGAUCCUUCGGUUCCUCCGUACAACAUAACAGCAAUCAUGUCCUCACCAGCUAGUCUAGCCAUCUUCAGGACCAUGGGGAAUUAUGCAAGACCCAAAAAAAUACUCCACCUUCGACAGGAGAGUAAAAUUACCUGUGCGCCAUUCACCGAAAUCGCCAACUGCUCUGAAAUUUGUUUAUUUAAUCUCAAUACCGAUCCCUGCGAGACAAGGGAUAUAUCCAGUGAUCAUCCCGAGAUGGUGGAAUUGCUGGAGGAAUUUAUCGGUAAAUAUCGGGAGCACCUGAUGAAUCAGACGAAUGCACCAGUGGAUCCAAGAUCAUAUCCGAUUUAUCACAAUGGCAGCUGGAUGCCCUGGAUGACAAAAAAUCAGGACAUGAGGUUCACCACCUCGGCGAGGAUGUUGCCUGAUUUUGGAGAAUUCUUUGAUUUAUAGCACUACCUCAGUGACGAAAAUAAAAUUUAUGAAUGAUGUAUAAGAUUGAAAAAAAGUAAACUCUCGUUUCCACCAA